ACUGAUAUUUCACUCAUCAAAAAAAGAAAAAGGAAACCUGCGACUGAGAUGGCGACGGCGGCGGCCACGGCGAUAGCGGCGGCAGCUCCCGAGUGGGCCACCAAAGAGCCUUGCCUCAUGGGCAUCGACGAGGCUGGACGCGGCCCUGUUCUUGGUCCCAUGGUGUAUGGCUGCAUGUAUUGCGCGCGAUCCUACCAUGACACUCUUGCCACCCUCAGUUUUGCAGAUUCGAAGACCUUGAAGGAGGAGCAAAGGGAGGAGCUGUUUGAAACUCUGAAGACGAAUAGCUCCAUUGGGUGGGAGGUUGAUGUCAUAUGCUCGAAAGUGUUAUCCGCCAAAAUGUUAAAAAGGACAAAAGUUAAUCUGAAUGAAAUAUCCCACAAUUCUGCAAUGGGCCUUGUUAGAAAAGCUAUUGAUAAUGGAGUUCUACUGACAGAGGUCUAUAUCGACACAGUUGGAGAUCCUGAGAAGUACAGGGUCAAACUUACUGAAAAGUUUCCAGGCAUCAAAUUUGUGGUUGCCAAGAAAGCUGAUAGCCUCUACCCUGUUGUUAGUGGAGCAAGUAUAGUUGCAAAGGUCACUAGGGACAGAGCCUUACGAAACUGGGUCUUUGAUGAAACAGCUCAGAAUAUGCACAUGAACACUGGAUCAGGUUAUCCAGGAGAUCCUAAUACUAUACAAUGGUUAAAAGAUCAUAAGCAUCCAGUAUUUGGUUUCCCAACUUUGGUGCGUUUUAGCUGGGGAACUUGCACACCAUACUUCAAGAAUGGAGUUGAAGUCACAUGGGAGUCUGAUGAAGUUGAUGAAGAUGCAGCUAGCUAUGGAAGCGCCAAGAGACAAGUCACAUUGUCGAGCUUAGGAUUCACAGGGUUCAAAAGGAAGUCCGAGGAGAUCGAAUCGAGUGGAAAGGGUCGUUGUAAGUUCUUCCAGGCUCGUAAACUCGAGCUUGUUAGAAAGUUCCAGUGACCUGCACUAGGUCAGUGCAUCUUCCAGAUUAGAGAUUUGAUUUUAUCGGGAUCAGUUUGUAUGUUUAUUCUGCAUGGAACACUUGCAAGUCCAGUGAAACCGAUGUUCCGACCCGUUUCCAAGAUCAGCCACGAAUUGGCUUGCUUUUAAGCAGUGUAAUACUAGCAGUCAUGGGAGUUUCAGCAAGGAAAUGGCAUGCUGUAUCUGCA